GCCCCACCCCAGCCGGGAGCCCUAGCGGGGCGCCGUGCGGCGGUAACAUCCCUCUCCGCCGCUGCUCCGCCCCAUCGCUUCUGUUUUUCUCCCAGUCUCCGGCGGCGGCGGGGCGGCGCGGGAGGCGGAGGCAGCGAGGCCGCGCCGGCUGCGAUGAAUGAUCCCCCAGCCUGGGGCGAGGACUCCAGGUGAGCCUCUGCCCGCGGGGUGCCCGGAACCCCGGCCGCCCGGCCCCGCAGCCGCGCCAUGGAUCCCUAGAGGACGGAGGAGAAGACAGCCUGCCGCCCACCCCCAUCCCGUUUUCCUCGUCCUUUAUCUCAUUGUUGCCGGAGCUGUUUACGGCGGCGGCGGGCGCUCGCUCGGCCCCAGCAUGGGGCGCGCUCCGGGCACUGCUCUUCGGCGGGCGCAGCCCUCGCGGCUGCCCGCGGGCUCUGCCUAGUCCGCCUCCCCAGCCCCAGCCGGUGCGCCGGUGCGCCGAGGACCGGAGAGCGGAGGCCCGGACUGCAGCGGCGGCGGGGCCACCUCCCCGCAGCAUCCCCACCCCCUGAGGCUGAAUGCGGAUUGAAGAGCGGCGCCUGGGGGCUGGGGCAGGGCCCGCCUCCGCCCCGCGGAUCCCGACCUAGGCAGCAAGACAGCGGGAGCCACACAGCGCGGCAAGAUGGCCAGUAAGACCAAGGCCAGCGAGGCCCUGAAGGUGGUGGCCCGGUGCCGCCCCCUCAGCAGGAAAGAGGAGGCCGCCGGUCACGAGCAGAUCCUGACCAUGGACGUGAAACUGGGCCAGGUGACCCUGCGGAAUCCCCGCGCGGCCCCCGGGGAGCUGCCCAAGACCUUCACCUUUGACGCCGUGUACGAUGCCAGCUCCAAGCAGGCAGACCUGUAUGAUGAGACUGUGAGGCCCCUCAUAGACUCUGUCCUUCAGGGCUUCAACGGCACCGUGUUUGCCUAUGGCCAGACAGGCACCGGCAAGACCUACACCAUGCAGGGCACCUGGGUGGAGCCCGAGCUGCGCGGGGUCAUCCCCAACGCCUUUGAGCACAUCUUCACCCACAUCUCCCGCUCGCAGAACCAGCAGUACCUGGUACGGGCCUCCUACCUGGAGAUCUACCAGGAGGAGAUUCGAGACCUGCUCUCUAAAGAGCCAGGCAGGAGGCUAGAGCUGAAGGAGAACCCCGAGACGGGAGUCUACAUCAAAGACCUCUCCUCCUUUGUCACCAAGAACGUCAAGGAGAUCGAGCACGUGAUGAACCUGGGGAACCAGACCCGGGCUGUGGGCAGCACCCACAUGAAUGAGGUCAGCUCUCGCUCCCACGCCAUCUUUGUGAUCACUGUGGAGUGCAGUGAGCGGGGCUCGGACGGCCAGGAGCACAUCCGUGUGGGCAAGCUCAACCUGGUGGACCUGGCUGGCAGCGAGAGGCAGAACAAGGCAGGGCCCAACGUGGCUGGAGGGACGGCCACUCAGUCCUCAGGUGGAGGUGGUGGCGGAGGCGGAGGUGGAGGUGGCGGCGGUGGCAGUGGCAGUGGAGAGAGACCUAAAGAAGCCUCCAAAAUCAACCUCUCGCUCUCUGCCCUGGGCAACGUGAUCGCUGCUCUGGCGGGCAGCAGGAGCACGCAUAUCCCCUACCGGGACUCCAAGCUGACCCGGCUGCUCCAAGACUCUCUGGGGGGAAACGCCAAGACCAUCAUGGUGGCCACACUGGGACCUGCUUCUCACAGCUACGACGAGAGCCUCUCCACCCUGCGCUUCGCCAACCGAGCCAAGAACAUCAAGAACAAGCCCCGGGUGAACGAGGACCCCAAGGACACGCUGCUGAGGGAAUUCCAGGAGGAGAUUGCCCGCCUGAAGGCCCAGCUGGAAAAGAAGGGGAUGCUGGGCAAGCGGCCCCGGAGGAAGAGCAGCCGCAGGAAGAAGGCCGUGUCAGCCCCGGCAGGGUACCCCGAGGGGCCGGUGAUUGAGGCCUGGGUGGCUGAGGAGGAGGAUGACAACAAUAACAACCACCACCCGCCCCGGCCCAUCCUGGAGCCAGCCCUGGAGAAGAGCAUGGAGAAUUACCUGCAGGAGCAGAAGGAACGGCUGGAGGAGGAGAAGGCGGCCAUCCAAGAUGACCGCAGCCUGGUGAGUGAGGAGAAGCAGAAGCUGCUGGAGGAGAAGGAGAAGAUGCUGGAGGACCUGAAGCGGGAGCAGCAGGCCACGGAGCUGCUUGCGGCCAAGUACAAGGCCAUGGAGAGCAAGCUGCUCAUUGGGGGCAGGAACAUCAUGGAUCACACCAACGAGCAGCAGAAGAUGUUGGAACUGAAGAGGCAAGAGAUUGCCGAGCAGAAACGCCGCGAACGGGAAAUGCAGCAGGAGAUGCUGCUCCGCGAUGAGGAGACCAUGGAGCUCCGAGGCACCUACACGUCCCUGCAGCAGGAGGUGGAGGUCAAGACCAAGAAACUCAAGAAGCUCUACGCCAAGCUGCAGGCGGUGAAGGCAGAGAUCCAGGACCAGCACGACGAGUACAUCCGCGUGCGGCAGGACCUGGAGGAGGCGCAGAACGAGCAGACCCGGGAACUCAAGCUCAAGUACCUGAUCAUAGAGAACUUCAUCCCCCCCGAGGAGAAGAACAAGAUCAUGAACCGGCUCUUCCUGGACUAUGAGGAGGAGCAGUGGCGAUUCCAGCCGCUGGUACCACCUGGAGUGAAUAACAGCCAAAUGAAGAAGCGGCCAACAUCCGCAGUGGGCUACAAGAGGCCUAUCAGCCAGUAUGCUCGGGUUGCCAUAGCAAUGGGGUCCCACCCCAGGUACAGGGCUGAAAAUGUCAUGUUUUUGGAGCUGGACGUGUCCCCUCCGGCUAUCUUUGAAAUGGAGUUUUCUCAUGACCAAGAGCAAGACCCCCGUGCACUACACAUGGAGAGGCUCAUGAGGUUGGACAGCUUUCUGGAAAGACCCGCCACAUCGAAAGUCCGGAAGUCCAGAUCCUGGUGCCAGAGUCCCCAGCGGCCUCCGCCCUCCGCCACACAUGCCUCCCUGGCCUCCGCGCCUCUGCACCCCGCGACAGUGGUGGACCGCGAGUGACAGCUUCACGGUCGCGGUCGGGCUGCCCGGCAGCCAGCCCGGCUCAUCCCCCCUGCAGCUUGGUGUGCGUGUGGGUGUGCGUGCAUGUGCGCGUGCGUGUGUGUAACGGGGUGCCACUCUGCGCCUCCUUUAUUUAAUUCCUGUUAUUUAUUCGUGGAGCCAGGCGUUGCCGGGAGCCGCCCGGGCCGCUGUGGCCACUGCGCAGCCUCCUUCGCUCCAGACUGGAAACCCCGGUCAGACCUCCAGCGCCUCCUGUGUCACCUGCCCCUAAGGGAGGCGCCAGUGCCUGAGGACCGCGCAGUGUUCACCGCCCGCCAUCGUCUCCAUCUCUGCCCUCGCCUCUAGCAUCCUCUAAGUACUUUCUGGGACGAGAAAGCUGCCCAGGUGUCCGCUGAGGACGAGACAUAGCAGUGCCGAGCUUGUGCCCCUGGCAGACAGGGCUGUCUCUACUCCCUGGGCUCAGGCGACCUCUUCCAGCCUGUCCGGCUCUUUCAAGGACUCCGAUGGCCUCACCAACGCUCCAGCCGCUUCAGCAAGAACUCCCAGCUUCCUGCCCGCUUCCCAGCCUUGGAUAGGAGUCAUGAACCAAGCGGUUGAUGCCAUGUCGGGACCGCAGGAAGUGGACCCGGACGGGUAGACGGUCAUCAAGGGAAGUUCCUCCUCUGGGUCUCCUGGUCUCUGUGCCCUCUGCGAGCUUCCUUUGGUCAACAAGUCGUCAAACCAACCCCUCACUUGUGAGAUGUGUCUUCUAACUGCUGUGCCCGAUGUCCCCUGCAGCCAACAGGUCCCAGGUCGCCGAGAAGGGACCAGGGUCAUUGUACCCCUGUCUAACCAAGGUAUCGAAAUUUCCCUCUGUGUUCAGCACAGGAAACAGAGAGCCAGGCAGAAUCUUUGCUAGCUUUGUCUGUUAGCCCUGUUUCCCAGUCAUACUUUUGGUGCACUAUUUUGUUGAAAACAGACCCAUUCUUUACCACUGAUGAAAUUCAUCCCUCCUGCCUUCCUUUGUGACAGUCAGGUAUGGAGCCAGCCUGGAGGCAACCAUGUCUCCAGGUAUGCAGGUGAUAAGUAAAUUGCUUCCAAGGAAAAAAAAUGACUUUAUUUUCUACAAGCAAGACAAAAAUUUUCAUCCUUUAGUUUUUAAAAUGCCUUUACACAUAUCCAGCCUCACAGAAUUGCCUAGAAUUACCUUUUUUAUUUAUUUUUUAUUUUUUGUACCAGGGAUCGAACUCGGGUCCUUGUGCUUGCAAGGCAGGCAGCGGAACCACUGAGCUAAAUCCCUGGCCCAAAUUACCUUUUUUUUAGAAGUUAAAUUUGAGUUAAAAUUAUCAAGUUCUGACAGACAUGGUGGCACACACCUGUAAUCGCGGCACUUGGGAGGCUGGAGCAGGAGAAUUGCAGGUUUGAGGCCCAUCUGGGCUGCAUAGAGAAUUCCAGGCCAACUUGAGCUCCACGGUGAGAUCCUGUCUCAAACAAAAAUAAGCAAAACAAGGGCCAGGGAUUUAGCACUGCCUGCCUCAAAAAUGCAAGGUGCUGAGUUUGAUCCCUGGUACCAAAAAAUAAAAUAAAAUAAAAUGAACAAAACAAAAACCCGUUCAGUUCCACAGGGACACUGGGCUCCUCCAUACUUUCCUAAUAUGCUUCUUGGAAAUAUAUCCCUGAUCCUUUCUCUGUCUUUUGAGUAGAGUCCUUGGAUCUACUCAGAAAACAUUGAUAAAUACACAGAUUUCUUAUAGAAGGUAUUGUAAUUUCUGCUGUAAACAUUUAAUAGUUUGCUAUAUAAUUUUAUGUUGGUUGAAAAAUUAGGAAAUUCUUGAAUACAAAGGACAUAAGAUCAAUACCUUGAUUACCUUUGUAGUACACAUUUUGGCAGAGGGGUGAGAGGUAAUGUCGAGUUAGGGUUUUAGGGUGGGAGUCUCUUGGCCCUAGACUGAAAGCAGUCCUGCCGCUGGGUAGAGCUGACAGAUCUGCUCUGGUUUGGUGCAUGACAGGAGGGCGGACGUGCUCUUCCCUCCAGGAGAGAAGUCUUUCUUGCACCAUUCAGGUCCUUCUCUGAGGAUCCAAGUUUUGUUUGAUUUACCUCGAUGCUCUCUUUUCUGCUGUAAUUUCCGGACUACAUGGUUGAGCCACUCAGUCGCCAUUUGCUCCUGUCCUUCAAGGAAAAUCACUGUCUUCAUCAGAGCCUGACAGGUUAAUUGAGACUCAGGAUUCAGAUCAGAGGUUUGACUGUGGCUGGGAUGGCAGUUGUGCGUGGUGGUCCCCCAAGAGGCCUGGCCGUUGAGAGACCUCCAGGGCCGCGUGGUGCGGCCUCUCCUGCUGACCUCUGUCUCGUUUGGGGAUGAAGCAGCACCUGUCGGCCCAUUUCUCCCUUGGACACCUGACGCUGCGUUGUCUGCUCACAUGUCCCUCACAGUCUUAGAGCACAAUACGCCCAACCUCACCACCCCCAGUCUAAGGGCUGGGCGCAAGGUGUGGUCGGAGGAGAACCCCCUGCCUGCGGUUUUGUGUCCGUGCGUGCGUGCGUGCGUGCGUGCGUGCGUGCGUGUGUGUGUGUGUGUGUGUGACAUGACACUCAACGUAAGAUGUGCCGGGAACAGGGCCCCUGGGGGUGGCUGGGUCUCAGUCUCUUCUUCUCUCUCUCUCCUUUUCUUUUGAUGUAUCACACAUUGGAUUGACAAAAUAAGGGCCUUGUUUAGGACCAAAUUUCCACGUUUGUUGCUAUGGUCUUUAUUUAGGACAACAGUUAAUGCAGUGGCCCAUUCUUGUCACUCUAUACAUAUGACUAUACAGGACAUAUGUAAUAUACAAAUAUAUAGAGAGAACAUUACCUUCUGUCCCCUUGACUUAGGAUGGAGGCCUCUGCUGAGCAGGAGUGCACUGCAGCUUGGUACUGCCUGCAGCCACAGGCCCCAGCCCUGUCCAAACGAACACAGUUGACAAUAAAGGAAUGAGUAUCGUUGCGGAGUUAUUUA